AUGAACAGCGCCCCCAGCACCCAGCUUCGCUUGGCCUUUGACCGCGAUGCCGUGCUCUUCUCCGAUGAGACAGACUGCGUGUUCCAGGAGUGCGGGCUGCAGGGGGCCGUGCAGCACGAGAAAGCACUGGAGGCCGUGCCCAUUGGUGAACUGGGACUACUCCGAGAGAAGUUUAGCCAGGACGAGUCCCCGGUGCGCACAUACCUGGUGACAGUGCACAGCGAGGGGGACAUGAGUCUCCGGGCUCUGAACACCCUGCGGGCCUGGGGGCUGCACCUCGACAAGACCUUCUUCAUGGACGGGGCCCCCAAGGGGCCCACCCUGGCCCAGAUCCGCCCACACGUCUUCUUUGACGAUUCCCCUGAGCAACAUCCAGGGGGCUCAGGACUCCGGGGUCCCCUCCGCCCUGGUGCCCCGUGGCUGCUGAGGGGCCUCCGCAGAGCCCUCUCUGCCACUGUCUCUCCACUCAAUCUGUCUCUCUCUACCUCUGCGUCUGUCUCUGUCUCUUUCUUCCUUCAGUCACAUUGUCCAUCCCCCUGCCUCCGGGCAGGGCCACACUCACAGGACAGGGAAUCCAUGGCCUUCCCUGGCUGGGACUGUGAGGAAGGGCUCUCCCAGAGGGCUGCCCUAACUCUCCUCUGCUGUGUGUACAGAAAGUCCCCUCAAGGGGAACCGAGAACCAUGGGGUGGAACAGGCACAGAACAUACCAUCCAUCCAAGCCCUGGGUCUGAGCAAGGAGUUGGGGGCUGGGGGAGGGACACAAGCUCUUAUUAAUGCCUGCUGUGUGCUGGGCAUGGUGCUAACUGCCUACAGUAUUAUCUCAGCCUGGAGGGGUAGGUGCUAUUAGGAUUCUUACAGUUGAGGAAACUGAGGCAGACAGUGAUGAAGUGACUUGCCCAGGAUCACACAGCCAGGAGCCUCUGAGCUGGAGUUAAACUUAGGGGUGGGAGAGCUGAACUCUGCGGCUCCACCCAGAAGGCCUCAGGCAGCCAGCCCCUUCUGCUCUCUGGGCUUCAGGGACCCUUCUGUAAACCCAGGGGCUUUCCCAUUCUGUUUCCUUUCUUGCCCUUCCUUCUCUCACACUGUGAAAGGGGCCACGGAAGGGAUGCCAGGGCUGGGGGACGGGAGGCUGGUCAGGAAAUGGUCAAGGGCGCUGCUUAGCACCCUCCCAGAUGGGGCUGGGAAGUGGCUCUUCUCAAAGCUCCCCGCCUCUCCUGCCCUCCACCACAGAAUAAAG